AUGGCAGUUUCACCUGAAUCUUUCCCACCGAGAAAACGUCGGCCGUCGGCCAAUUGUUUCGUGGCUCCGAAUCUCUCCGAUCGCAAUCUCCUUAAAUCUCUUCUUCUCUUAUCAUCUGAAAUCUCUACUCUACAACCUUUGUUAUUUCUUCUCAAGAGAAAUACAUCUUCAAUUAUCAGGAAAUCCAAGCUUUUAUCAGUAUUAUUCGAAGAAAUUCUCGGUAGAGAUUUUACAUAUUCAAAUGAUUCGAAUACAUCACGAGGAGGACAUGUAACUGGUUUUCCACCUUCUGCUGUUUUGUGUUUCGACGAAUUGUACAUAGUAUUACAGCGUAUGAAGACUUUGCUUGAAGAUUGCCGUAAUUGUAGUAAGAUGUGGCUACUUAUGCAAAUUGAUGUUUUCUGUAACGUUUUUCAUGAAUUAACUCUUGAAUUGUCUACUUUAUUGGAUAUUCUUCCUUCGAAAAAGCUCAAAUUAAACGACGAUGUUCAGGAAUUGCUGAUUCUGAUAACGAAGCAGUGCUCGGAGAAAUUAGCUUAUGUCGAUCCUAAGGAUCGACAUUUACGAUCUCAAGUUGUUGAAAUGCUCGAUAGAAUUGAAAGAGAAAUCGUACCUGAUCAGUGUAAAUUAGCGGAAAUUUUUGAGAAAUUAACUUUGCGUGAUUCUACAAGCUGCAGGGAUGAAAUUGAGUUAUUGGAAGAGGAAAUUCAAAGUCAAACAGAUGAGAAAGCUAAAUCAGAUAUCAUCGCGUUGAUCGGAUUUGUUCGAUAUGCUAAAUGUGUGUUGUACGGCGGUUCAACACCGAGAACAAAUUCACGGCGGCGACGGGCGGCGGAAGCAGCGGCGGAUGUUAAUGUUCCGGCUGAUUUCAGGUGUCCGAUUUCGCUUGACUUGAUGAGAGACCCUGUGGUGGUUUCCACGGGACAAACAUACGACCGCAGUUCAAUAACCCUUUGGUUCGAAUCGGGUCAUACCACGUGUCCCAAAACGGGUCAAACCUUGACCCACACAGACCUCAUACCAAAUUCAGCUUUGAAGAAUUUGAUGGCUAUGUGGUGCAGAGAGCAGAAAAUACCCUUUGAAUCAACGGAGAUGAACGUUAAAUCCAACGGCGUUGUUACCAACAAAACAGCGUUGGAAGCAACGAGAAUGACUGUGUCGUUUUUGGUCAACAAGUUGAAGGCUUCCCAAGUUGUAGAAUCGGCUAACCGGCUUGUUCAUGAGCUUCGGGUCUUAGCCAAGACGGAUUCAGAUAGCCGAGCCUGCAUUGCUGAAGCUGCAGCUUUGCCGUUAAUGGUUAAGCUGUUAGGUUCUGAGUAUCCGAGCUUACAAGUUAAUGCAGUUACAACAAUUCUCAAUCUAUCUAUUCUUGAGGCAAACAAGACGAGGAUAAUGGAAACAGACGGGGUUUUAAAUGGAGUUAUCGAAGUGUUAAGGUCUGGUGCAACGUGGGAGGCAAAAGGGAAUGCGGCAGCAACCAUUUUUAGCUUGUCAGGUGUACCUGCUUACAAGAAGAGGUUAGCUCGAAAGACACGUGUGGUGAAGGGAUUGAUGGAUUUGGCAUGUGAGGGGCCAACGAAUUCGAAGAGGGAUGCCUUAGUAGCUAUUUUGAAUUUGGCGGGAGAUAGGGAGGCAGUUGGGAAGUUGAUUGAAGGCGGGGUAGUGGAAAUGGUAGCGGAGAUUAUGGAUGGAUUACCUGAAGAGGCGGUUACAAUUCUCGAAGUGGUGGUCAAGAAGGGUGGAUUGGUGGCCGUUGCAGCCGCAUAUCCAUUGAUAAAAAAACUGGCUAUAGUAUUAAGAGAUGGAACAGAUAGAGCUAGAGAGAGCGCUGCAGCAACGCUAGUGAACAUGUGUCGUAAAGGGGGAUCAGAGAUGGUGGCGGAAUUGGCAGGAGUUCAAGGGAUUGAGAGGGUGAUUUGGGAAAUAAUGGGAAUGGGAACAGGGAGGGGAAGAAGAAAAGCAGCAACAUUGUUGAGAGUUCUAAGGAGAUGGGCUGCUGGAUUGGAUGCAGAAGUGGCAUCAGGGGCUUAUUCAGAUGUGAAUAUGAAUACUUCAACCAGAAUAGUAUUGCCAGGUUAAUUUUUUCGAAAAAAAAAUUGUUCUUUUGUUUAUUUGUUUACACAAAACAUGAACAACAAACUGUAACAUUUGUGAAUUGUACAAUUGUUCAUACCUUUUCCAAGUUGAAGAAAAUAGAACAAGUUGAAGCAUUUAUUGACAAAAUUUAG